GCGCUCGCUCGCCGUCCACUUGCGCGCUUGGGCUGCGACAUCUCGCUGCCGUCGCCGUCGUGGUCACCUUGUGGUGCCGUCUGCUAAAACUUGUCGAGAAUAAUUUGUAUCGCCAUCAUCCAACACCGUUAACAAAGUCAUCGGUAUUGUUUGGAAGUAUUGACAGUAUGCCCAGUAGACCUAUGCUGUCCAGAUAAGGUAUUCGAUUGCUUUGACAAUAUUAUUCGAUCGUUGAUUUAUUCAUAGAGCCUAACGUUCCAACUAAACACUGGAGCUAUGUAAAUUUCCGUGGUUAGGACUCCGGAUUACUUUUCACCACUUGAGUUCAUUUAACUUGCGCCAAAAUCAAAACACACGAGCGCUUUCGCAUUUCGCCCCCAUCAAAAUGCAGCCUGCGUGUCCGCGAAUCUAACCCACAACGUUGUGUUGGGCAGCAGAAAUACAUAGCCGCUGUGCCACUGCAAGCGGUAAUUUUCGAUAAUUUUUGCAACAAAUUAUUUCAGGCAAUUCGCACAAUAUAUAUGCCGGACAAUCGAAGAACAACGUCGAAGCCAUCGUUUACACCAAAAUAUACUUGUGGCAUCAGUUUUUAUAAUGUGUUUACACAGCACUACAAGCUACUGACAUGGCUUCCAAAAAGGUUACCACAGGUCCAUGUCUCAAAAUGAGUGACGAAACCAAGCUCUAGCCCUUUAAGAACGCCAAAAAAGUGGACAUAAAAAAAUUGCAAAAAAUUACGGGUUAAAAAAAUGAAAAUCAGUAUAAUGAACUUAUAAAGCAAGCAUACACGAACGAUGUCUGUCAGAAAGGUCAGUAUUAUUAAGAAAACACGUUUACGCUGUAUCAAAUGCUAGCUUUACUGCACACAAGUUAGUGUGAAGUUGGUACGGAUGAAGUUGACGUCGAAGAUUGAAUUGCCAAUUAUGAACGCAUCAGUGAGAUCAAUCGUUGGGACCCGACGAUGAUGCCGGCGAACGUGCUGUUUUAUCUCAAAGGAACGGCAAACAUGUGGUACGAUAACCAUGAGGCACAGAUUGGAAGUUGGGACACUUUCAAAGCAAAACUUAGUGCUUUGUUUGGGAAGUCCAUUUGUCGAAAGGCAGCCGCAACAAAAGAGCUAUCUAUCCGCGAUCAGACGUCCACUGUACCAUGCUUAUCCUACAUUCAGGACGUCUUGGCUCUUGGCCGUAAAGUGGACAUGACGGAGUCAGACAAAGUUGGUCACGUGCUUAAGGGAAUCGCAGACGAUGCGUUCAACCUAUUACUGUGCCGAAAUUGUGCGACCGUCGACGCAAUUGCUAAAGAAUGCCGGCGUUUUGAGCAGGCCAAAAGUCGGCGUAUUGCGAGGUCAAUUCGGUCGGUGUAUUGCGAGGCCACCGCUUCCGUCUUUCCUUUCCUCUCGUCUUUCACUGUUGUCUUUUAUUUCGAGUUUUGCGCUACUAAGUAUCAUGUUCACUCGCUGGGCUACCGAACACCGCCCCGACGUCAUCAUGCGAAGACGGACAGGCCUCUCGUCUGCAGUCAUCGCCGCCAUCGGAACUUACACGAAUCGUCCGUCAGGAGAUCGAAGCAAUUACUCCUGGUCUCCCCAACAGUGGCCACGGCGAUUUUCCCGUGCCGACCGUUUCCCUGGUCCAGUCCAUUGUGCGGGAGGAACUCGGCAACUUGGGUUUCGCCGUCUGCACCGUUGCUCAGUCUCGGACAACUGAAUUUCGCCGUAGGUCGCCGCCCCGCACAAGAUCGCCGCCCCCGGAACAACGGUUCUAUCCGCGCUCUCGUAAUCCGUCUGAAUGGCGCACGGCAGAUGAUCGGCCGAUUUGUUUCCACUACCGUCGCAUCGGUCACGUUGCGCGCCAUCGCAACAACCGUUGGGGGUCACCGUUAACCCGGGAUGACACUGUUAGCCGCACCGACAACUACCGCAGUUUUCAGCCCACUCAGCCAUACCAGCCUUACAACAGUGACAGCUACCACCGCUUACAGCCUUUUGAGCCGUACAACGUCGAUGCCACCCCUACGCCGCACAGCCGUUCCCGUCGCCCCGAGGUCACCAGUCACGUUCGCCGCCAGCGCGUCGUCCGUCGUCGUCUUCACCCCUACGACGACGUCCGACAUCGCCGCUGAAUCUCCGACAGGGAAACUAAGGGAUGCAGCUCUUAGAGGUGACGCCACCUCAAAUCCUCUCCUCGUAUUGCUGACACGACGAAACUUGAUCGACGUUGGCGUUGACGGCUUAACUGUUGCCGCACUCGUCGAUACUGGGGCAAAAAUCUCCGUAAUGAAAAAUCAGCUUCAUCGCCGCCUCAAGAAAGUACUUACACCUGUCGCUACUGGUAUUAUUUGCGUCACUGAUGGAAGAAGCCCCGCAGUCAUCGGAUUGCGCACAGAUCGCGUCGCCAUCGCCGGUCACCAUAUAUCUGAUUUGUUUACUGUUAUCGAGCAAUGCCCUAACAACGUCAUUCUCGGACUCGAUUUCUUGUCGGCCAUGCCGCUCUCAUUGACUGUGCAACGGGUGUCCUUCAACUUGAGCUUCCUCAACUCGCUGAUGUUCCAGCUUUACCAUCACACCGCUUAAGCUCUGUCGAUUAUGUUCGGUUGUCACCGCAAGCCGGGACGUGUGUAGCUUUGACGACGGCAUCAGAAGUUCCAGACGGUGACUACAUAGUAUCUCCACUAGUUUACGUAUACUGUUGACCCGAAAUAUUGCUGUACCUCACACGCUCGUGCUGAACGACGUUGAUUGCCUCAUCACCCCACUCCACCAUCGCCAUCUAUUGCUGAUGUUCUCCAUGUGUUGCGGCUAAAACCCUACUACACCAGCAGCGCUGACUGAUUUUAGAAGGCGCCGAGAUGGCGCUCAGUCCGCCUGGGGUGAUGUUACGAGGCAUUGCGUAUGAGCCUGCCAUUAAAACACCGCUGUGCUACACGAAGAGGAAGAAGACGGGACAUGCCGCGUGAGAUGCUGUCAGCCAUUCUGUGGUAGCAGCAGCCUGUAAAUAUUGUCAUAUAGAAUUCCGUCUCUCCCGUGUACUUGUGAAUCCCCAUGACGGCAGCAGUGGUUGUGGCGGCGUGACUGCUUCUAAUUAUCGCCUUGAACUCUGUACAGAUCUACUGACACUGUCACCUCCGGCUGAUCGUCGUCUGCUGUCAGCGUGUAUCAGGUGGUACACGUGUCAAGCCUGGCUGCUUCCCUCUCGUGGCUGACUUGCUGAGCUGGCUUGGGCUGCAUUUCUGCGCCUGCGGAGUCUGCAUUUCCGCCACCUAGCGGGGAGGAGAGCCUUCAUAAGGACCCACCUCUGGACGGCCCCGAUCAUUCGGCAGCAGUGGUUGUGGGGGCGUGACUGCUUCUAAUUAUCGCCUUGAACUCUGUACAGAUCUAC